CGCUCUGCGCUCAGGCGCGUCUCAGUGUAGUUAGGAAUUUAUCUCGCUCGGGUCCAAUGUCAUUUCUUUGUUUUGCUCGAAAACACACAGAUCUAACUUCUUAUUUGUAAUUUUUUUGUUCUUUAAAAUAUAGUGCGAGUUCUGCAUAUUUAUCUCUCCUUUUCUUUUCCCUGCUGCGUCGAUUUGCCUUGGAUUUUGAAUGUAAAAUACGACUUUUAAGGCGUUUUCCCUCCGAGCCUGUUCCUUACUGAGUGAUGAUGCUGCUACUCAUAUAGUGGGCUAGCAGAACACUCAGAAGGUACAGGAUGCAAAGAUGGCAGAGGUUCUUGCACCGCCGGGACCACACAGCUUCCGUCCGUUCACCCGGGAGUCGCUCAAGGCCAUUGAAAAGCGAAUUGCAGAGGAAAAAAGUAAAAAGCCUAAAAAAGGAGAGCAAGGGGGAAAUGCAAAUGAUGAGGAUCAGCCACAACCUAGCAGUGACUUGGCGGCAGGGCAGAAAUUGCCGUUUAUAUACGGGGACAUUCCCAAAGGAAUGGUGUCCACACCUCUGGAAGAUCUGGACCCAUUUUAUUGCAAUGAGAAAACCUUUAUAGUAUUGAACAAAGGGAAGUCAAUCUUCAGAUUUAAUGCCACUUCUGCCUUGUACAUGCUCAGUCCAUUCAACCCAAUAAGAAGAAUAUCAAUUAAGAUUUUGGUACAUACAUUGUUCAACAUAAUAAUCAUGUGCACGAUCCUUGCAAACUGUGUGUUCAUGACUUUCACUGAACGUGCGGAGAGUCGUUCCUUGUUCAAGAAAAUAGAGUACACAUUUACUGCGAUAUAUACAUUUGAUUCAUUAAUAAAAAUCAUAGCCAUGGGCUUCUGUAUGGGCAAAUUUACCUUCCUCAGAGACCCAUUCAACUGGCUGGACUUCACUGUGAUUGUGUUGGCGUAUGUGACAGAAUUCGACAGCGGUUUGGGUAAUGUCUCUGCUUUGAGAUCUUUCAGAGUUGUUCGGGCCCUAAAAACAAUAUCAGUUAUUCCAGGCCUGAAGACCAUUGUAGGAGCUCUGUUCCAGUCAGUAAAGAAACUUUCAGAUGUGAUGAUUCUGACUGUCUUUUGUUUGAGCGUAUUUGCACUGAUUGCCAUGCAGCUUUUUAUGGGAAACCUGAAGAAUAAAUGCAUAAAGAUCCCAACAAACGGCACUGUUGUCAACUUUACCCAGUACAUUAAUGAUAUGAAUAAUUACUAUAAAAUUGAUGAAAAGAAAGAUCCUCUGCUCUGUGGAAACAACAGUGAUGCAGGGCAAUGUCCAGAUGGUUAUUUCUGUCACAAAGGAGGAAAGAAUCCAAAUCAUGGCUUCACCAGCUAUGAUAACUUUGGUUGGGCUUUCCUCUCUCUCUUUAGACUGAUGACUCAAGACUACUGGGAAAAUCUCUACCAACAGACCCUUCGAGCCUCAGGGAAGACGUAUAUGAUCUUCUUUGUAUUGGUGAUAUUCCUGGGAUCGUUCUACCUGGUGAAUCUGAUCCUAGCUGUAGUGGCCAUGGCCUAUGAUGAACAGAACCAAGCCACCAUGGAAGAGGCCCUGCAAAAAGAGGAAAAAUUUCAGGCCAUGAUGGAACAGCUCAGGAGGCAACAAGCAGAGGCCCAGGCAGCAGUUGCAGUAUUUGAGAGUGGCAACCAUAGUGGAGACAGUUCCUCUUUGGCCUCCAAACUCAGUUCCAAAAGUGCCAAAGAACGAUGCAACCGCAGAAAGAAGAGGAAACAGAAAGAGGGGGAGGAGAAAGAAGACAAUGAAAAAGUCCAAAAUUCUGACACAGGGAGGACCAGAUAUUCUGUGGAUGGAAACAUACUGUCAUAUGAUAGACCAUAUCAAUCUCCUCAUCAGUCACUUGUGAGUAUUCAGGGCUCGGUGUUCUCUCCACGCCGCAACAGUAGGACUAGCAUCUUUACCUUUCGUGGCCGCCUGGGAUCAGAGACUGGAUUUGCGGAUGACGAGCACAGUGCGUUUGAUGAUGCAGGCAGCCGCCGUGGCUCAUUGUUUCUGCCACAUUGCUCUGAGCGUCUUUACAGUACUGGAAGCAGGACAAGCUUGACCCCACGUGUUUUCCUGUCCCCAAAUGGAAAAGUGCGCAGUUCUGUGGAUUGCAAUGGCACAGUGUCAUAUGUGACUGGGAACUCACUGCCUAGCUCUCCAGAUGUUCUGCAGCUACCUGAUGUGGCCACAGAUAAAGCCAUGACAGAUGACAGUAAAAAAAAAGAGGAGUACAGAAAGAGAUAUGAAGCUGAACAACUUUCGCCUGGGUUUUUGACUGAGCCUACAGCAAGACAGAGGGCUCUGAGUGUAGCUAGUAUUAUCACCAACACAAUGGAAGAGCUGGAGGAUUCGAGGCGGAAGUGCCAUCCAUGUUGGUAUAAGUUUGCAAAAACAUUUCUAAUCUGGGAUUGCUUUCCACUGUGGGUGAAAAUAAAGAAACUAGUUAACUUGUUUGUUAUGGACCCAUUUGUGGAUCUGUUCAUCACCAUCUGCAUUGUAAUUAAUACCAUAUUCAUGGCCAUGGAGCAUCACAACAAGGCUGAUUAUUUCGCGGUAGCCCUUAAAGUGGGAAACUAUAUUUUCACAGGGAUCUUUACUGCUGAGAUGAUCUUCAAGAUUAUAGCACUGGAUCCUUAUAAAUACUUCCAAGAAAGCUGGAAUAUAUUUGAUAGUGUCAUUGUAACCCUGAGUAUUGCAGAGCUUGGGUUGGAAAAUGUACCUGGAAUGUCUGUCCUUAGGUCAUUCCGUUUGCUUAGAGUCUUUAAGCUUGCCAAGUCUUGGCCAACUUUAAAUAUGCUGAUCAAAAUCAUUCACAAUUCAGUUGGCGCCCUCGGCAACCUGACGCUCGUCCUGGCCAUUAUUGUCUUCAUCUUUGCCGUAGUAGGCAUGCAGUUGUUUGGGAAGAGUUACACAAAACAUUGUAACGUUACCGUAGAAUGCAGCCUCCCUCGCUGGCACAUGAGCGAUUUCUUCCACUCCUUUCUGAUAGUGUUCCGUGUGUUAUGUGGCGAGUGGAUAGAGACCAUGUGGGACUGCAUGAAUGUAGCUGAGCAGAGCAAGUGCCUAACUGUCUUCCUCCUGGUGAUGGUGAUUGGAAACCUUGUGGUUCUGAACCUCUUCCUGGCCUUGUUGCUUAGCUCUUUUAGUGCCGAUAACCUGGCAGCCACAAACGAUGACGGCGAAAUGAAUAACCUGCAGAUUGCUAUGGGGCGCAUCCACAAGGGUGUCACGUUCACUAAAGCCAGUGUGCACAGCUUCUUUCAAAGCAGCUGCUUUAGAAGGAGACGGAAUAAGGUAAAGGAGGAAGAUGGCCUGAAAGAUUGCAAGAAGCUGGCUGAUAUGUCAACUCAUACCACAGUGGAGCUGAUUAAAGAGCCACAGUGUGAGAAAGAGCCAUUUGGUACCGACAGUGGAUCUGAGAAUUUCAUCUUCGAUCCCACCUUGUCUGUCUCUGUACCCAUAGCCACUGCUGACUCUGACCCUGAGUGCAACAUGGAUGAUUUAAGCAGUUACUCUUCUGACAUAAAUGAAGAUAAAGAGAAACUGUCAGACUGUAUGAGCUCUUCAGAGGGCAGCACAGUGGACCUUCAACCCCUGAAGGAGAGAAGAGAAUCACUUGACUUUGAGCUUGAAUUACCUGCGGAUGAUCCAGAAGCCUGUUUUACACAAGGCUGUGUGAACAGGUUUCCUUGUUGCCAGGUGAAUGUGGAAAAAGGCAAAUGGAAGACAUGGUGGACCCUCAGGCACACUAGUUACAGGAUAGUGGAGCAUAACUGGUUUGAGUCAUUCAUCAUCUUUAUGAUCCUGCUGAGCAGUGCCGCACUGGCCUUUGAAGACAUACACAUUGAGAAAAGGAAGAAUGUAAAGACUGUUUUGGAAUAUGCAGAUAAAGUGUUUACCUACAUCUUCAUAUUGGAGAUGCUUCUGAAAUGGCUGGCAUAUGGAUUUGCGAAAUAUUUCACCAAUGCCUGGUGCUGGCUUGACUUCCUGAUAGUGGGCGUCUCUCUGGUCAGCCUAGUGGCCAGCGCUCUCAAUUAUUCAGAGCUUUCUGCCAUCAAAUCUCUGCGUACGCUUCGAGCCCUGAGACCUCUUCGCGCUCUAUCACGCUUUGAAGGCAUGAGGGUGGUGGUCAACGCUCUUUUUGGUGCCAUUCCCUCCAUCGUGAAUGUACUGCUUGUCUGUCUCAUCUUCUGGCUCAUCUUUAGCAUCAUGGGUGUCAACUUGUUUGCUGGAAAGUUUUAUGAAUGUGUAAAUGUAACUGAUGGUACUCGCAUGACUACGAACGUGGUCAUGAACAUAACCGAUUGUGAUCAGCUGGGCAACAGUACCCGGUGGAAAAAUUUAAAGAUUACCUUUGAUAAUGUUGGAGCAGGAUAUCUGGCUUUGCUGCAAGUAGCUACUUUCAAAGGCUGGAUGGAUAUUAUGUAUGCUGCAGUUGACAACCGUGGUGUGGAUCAACAGCCUCAGUAUGAAGCAAGUCUGUUGUACUACAUCUACUUUGUAGUCUUCAUCAUAUUUGGCUCCUUCUUCACAUUGAACCUUUUUAUUGGCGUCAUUAUUGACAACUUUAAUCAGCAGAAGAAAAAGUUUGGAGGUCAGGACAUUUUUAUGACAGAGGAACAGAAGAAAUAUUACAACGCUAUGAAGAAACUUGGUUCGAAGAAACCACAAAAACCAAUUCCCCGGCCAACAAACAAGCUCCAGGCUUUUCUUUUUGACAUUGUUACAAAUCAAGCUUUCGACAUCUUCAUUAUGGUACUUAUAUGCCUAAAUAUGCUCACUAUGAUGGUGGAGUCAGAAACUCAGACAGAAGACACACGCACGCAUCUGAAGAAUAUCAACAUGGUGUUUGUGGUAAUCUUCACAAUGGAAUGUUUACUAAAGAUGAUUGCACUUCGACACUACUUUUUCACUCUUGGCUGGAACAUCUUUGACUUUGUAGUGGUCAUUCUCUCGAUAGUUGGCACGUUUGUCUCUGAAAUCAUUAAGUACCUGUUUUCUCCAACCUUGAUCCGUGUUGUUCGACUUGCUCGGAUUGGCCGUAUUUUGCGCCUCAUCAAAAGUGCCAAGGGAAUACGUACCCUUUUGUUUGCUUUAAUGAUGUCUCUCCCAGCCCUAUUCAACAUCGGACUUCUUCUCUUCUUAGUCAUGUUUAUCUACGCAAUUGUUGCCAUGUCACAAUUUGCCUAUGUCAAGAAGGAGGCUGGAAUAGAUGACAUGUUUAACUUUGAGACUUUCGGCAACAGCAUGUUAUGUUUGUUUCAGAUCACUACCUCUGCAGGGUGGGAUGGACUCCUGUCACCCAUACUUAACAAGCCUCCUGAUUGCGAUCCAAAUAAGGAACACCCUGGCAGCCAAUAUAAAGGUGACUGUGGCAACCCAGCUAUUGGUAUCAUUUUCUUUGUGAGCUACAUUAUUAUAUGCUUCUUGAUCGUGGUGAAUAUGUACAUAGCUGUGAUCCUUGAAAACUUCAGUGUGGCCACAGAGGAGAGUGCUGAGCCAUUAAGUGAGGAUGACUUUGAAAUGUUCUAUGAGGUGUGGGAAAAAUUCGAUCCUGACGCUACACAGUUCAUAGAAUACAAACAGUUGUCUGACUUUGCCGAUACUCUUGACCCACCUCUGCGUAUACCUAAGCCCAAUAGGAUCCAGCUAAUUCACAUGGACUUGCCAAUAGUAAGCGGGGAGCGUAUCCACUGCUUGGACAUCUUGUUUGCAUUUACAAAGCGUGUCCUGGGAGAAAGUGGUGAUAUGGAUAUUCUUCGUGGGCAGAUGGAGGAUCGUUUCAUGGCUUCUAACCCUUCUAAGGAGUCUUAUGAGCCCAUCACUACAACUCUACGCCACAAGCAUGAGUUCAUGUCAGCUAUCAUCAUUCAGCGGGCCUUCAGGAUGCAUCUUAGGAGACAGAAUGUAAAAAUGGACUCAGAACCAUACAAAGAAGCUGUACAGGAGAAUGGAAUGGUUUCAAACAAGUGUAACAACCACUCUGCUUCAGACAAAUCCGAAACAUCAUCCUCUACAAUUGUCCCACCAUCAUAUGCCAGUGUAACACAAUCUGGUAAGAACAAAUAUGAGAAAGACAAGAGGGAAAAGGAAAUAAAAGGAAAAGAUAACAUUGAGCGGUAAAAGUGACAGGAUGAAGGAUGAAAAAAGCAAAACAACAACAAUAUUUAGGAGUUGUUUUUAACAAUAUUAUUAUUUUUUUAUUUUAAUCAUCUCCAUGGAUCAAAUAUACAUUUUUCCUAAGUGUAGUUAUACAGUAUAUGCCAUAGUGGCAUCAUUUGCUAUUAUCUUAUUGAACGUACAAUCUUCUUUAAUAGUAUCUUUUAUUAUGCUGUUUUGAAGAAAUUUUACUUACUGUACUUACUUUAGUGCCAGCCAUCUUCUGAUGCAUUCUGAUACCAUCCAGCGUUUUUUUCUGUCAUGCUUCCUUCUCUUGGUGCUUUUGUUGUAUAUUACCGCUGGUUUUUAAACCUUGUCGGAAAUUGAAUGGAGGCUUAAUUUCGUAGCUUUUCUGAAGUCAUUUGGUUUGAUCAACAGCACUUCCCAUUAUGGAUGCAGAUAUUAUUGUCCUUGUUCGAUUAAGCCAUGUACUUUAUGUAAUCGUUCGGCUGUAAGACAACAACCAUGCUUCCAUUCUAUGCCUUUUAAUCAUGCAGAGAUUUUAAAACAUGGAUAUUGCUAGAACUCAUAAAUCUGUUUGAGCUCCAGUGAAUCACUUUGUUUACAACGGACAAUUCAGGGAAUUUUAUCAUUUGAAGAAGUUGAUGAAACCUUUUUCAUGCUUGCUUAUCAGCAGAGAAAAUGAGCCAUGUUAUGUUGGACUCUAGAGAGAUGGGAUUGAAAUAAAGCCUCUCAAAUGCUACAUAAACCAGAAGUAACCAGUUCCUCAUGAAAUCCUCAGGGAAUUGGUGAUACUUAUGCAGGAUUUAUCCUCCAACAUCAACCAAAGAGGGACCUGUGUGCUGCAGCAAAUGAGAAAAUGUAUGUACGUAAAUGUGCCUAUGAAUGUACUAAAAAAUUGAAUGUGUAUGAGCGAGAGCAUAUACAAUACAUAAACUGGCAGAAUCAGCCAUAACCAGCUGUAACUACUGUACACUGUUUAAUUUAGCAAGUAUAUAAAUCUUGUCUUAUUAACACUGUUUGAUUACAUUAGUGUAGAUCGUGCAUUUCAACAUAGUCUGUCUGAAAGUUUCAAAUGUUUUGCUAUGCAUCCUGGGUAUUUAUUUUCUUUUACAUUCAAGCUGUGCCACAGAUUUGAUCCUGCCAGAAAUUUGACCAUACUAGCUUUCAAAGAUUUAUUUAAUUAUAUUCAUGGAACACAAACUUGUAUUAUUGUCAUUUCCAGGAAUAAUAUUAGCUUAUAAUAUUAGCUUAUAAUAAUAAUAUUAUAAACAUAUCCAAAUAUUUUGGUGGAAUAAAGCUAUAAAGAUGAGAAAAUAGUCCAUAUCCCAUAGACAUCUAUGCUAAAGGAAGUGUUGUUUCACAUUCAGUAUUUCAGGAUGGCUCUACGCCUCACAGGUGCCUGUUAACCAUGUUAGAAAGCCAUUAGUACAGUAUAUGUGCCUAUUUGCAUCAUGAGCAUACAGUACAAAAUAAAUUCUUUAAUAAACAGAUGACUCUUAGGUCUUACCUUUAAACCAAUCUAUUGCACAUUAAAGCCAUUCAACAAUUCAAUUCAGAAGAAGUAACUUAAACUUUAUUGCGCAAGUUUCUUGUAGUCUUGAUUAAAAACAGAUAUAUGUAGAAAUAUGAAUUGUCUAGCAUAUUUUAUAUGUUUGAAAAUAGAAAAAAAAUGUCUAAUAAAAUAUAUUCUGUGUCUAGUCAGCUGGAUGUUGGGAAGAAUUAACGAGUUGAAUUUAUUUCCUUAAUAAGCCUAUAUUGCAUUACUGAAAUAUUCUGUAUAUCACUUUGCGUUUAUACACUGUGUGUGCGUGUGUGUUUGUGUGUCAGAGUGUGUCUGUGUGUCUGUUGUUUGUAAAGAGGUUUGAGAUAAGAAAUACACCAUGCACACUUUGGUUGCACUUUUUUAGUUUAAUUACCUCCCUCUAAAGACUGCACUCUAAAUUGCUGUACUGUGUAUUUGAAUCUUAUUUGUACUUUGAAGAGGUGUCUUUAGGAACUGAGCAUGCUCCAUGUGCAUUGACUAAUAUUAUCUAUGACUGAAAUAGAGAAUAUCUUUGGUUGAUUCUGUCUGUGCCUGGAAUUGUGUGUCCUACAUUCAAACAAUCCUUGCAUUUGUUUACAUUAUGUUCAUGGAAUUUUCUCAUGUCCAUUUCUAUUCUGCUUUGAAUCAACUACUUAUCCUUAAAGACUUGUUAUAUAUGUCUCACAUAAACACUGUUAUGAUCCUGUUCUGUGAGUGUGUUAUACAGUGAAAUAUACAUUUAUAUGAAAUGAAUGUUUUGAUUACAUAAGCACAGGUAAUAGAUGACAUUUUAUACAUACAUUAAGCUUGUAAUCUAUUAUACUGCAUGCCAGAUACUGCCAUGAGUCUGAUUAAGGAAGCCAAAAGAAUAAAAAUGUCAUGUAAAUUGGGAAA